UGUGGGCCCCACAAGGCUGGGUGGCACUAACACUUCAAUCCCGCACCGGCGCCGCCCAGGCCACUUCCAUUCUCUUCUUCCCUUGACCAAUCAUGAGGUCCCUACAGCAAGAUGUUCUCCCGGUUCCCCCUCCGGCGCUGCAUAUGGCGUCAGAGUCCCAACCCACUCUGACUUGGAUGCUCGUAACCUGGGUGAUCAUCACGCUCAUCAUCGUGAUCACUGUGUGGGUCAUUCUGCGUUGUUGUGGGUCUGCUGCCGAUGGUGGCUGUGGCCGAAGCAAGAAGGAGGAGGUCGCUGCAGCUCAGACUUCUCCGGGGACAGCUCCUCAAGCUCCACACUCUAUCCCGGUCCCAGUACAGCUCCAGAUAAUACCUCUGCCUCCAGCCACGGCUACUUAUCAUGGCUACAGGAGCAGCUACUACGCCCCACCACCACUGCCCACCCUCCGCUGGGACUGAGACGGGAAAAUUAUCACUCUGCGAACCUGAAGGGACGAAAGAAGAUUAUUGGUGUUUUACACAUUAGGCAUGUCGCAUCUAUCUAUCCAUCAUAUAUAUAUAUAUAUAUAUAUAUAUAUAUAAGAACAUUAGGAAUACUUAUCCUAUAUAUAUAUAUAUAUAUA